AUGUCAACUGGUGUUGCAAUGAUUCCGGUCAAUCAAAAUAUAUCGCAAUAUACACUUGAACGUGCAAACCGAACACGACUUAUUAUUGAAAAUUUUUAUGCACAAUCGCUUGUACAUUGUCAAGAAAGACAAAAUCGUUUACGAAAAUUAGAAGAAAAAAUGGCAACUGAGGGCUUAAAUGAAGAUGAAAAGAAUGAACGGCGAAAAGCCCAUAUGGCAAAAGAAACAGAUUUUCUCCGUUUAAAAAGGACUCGGCUUACCGCCUCUGAUUUUACAUCGUUGAAAGUUAUUGGUAGAGGUGCAUUCGGUGAGGUGCGACUUGUACAGAAAGUCGAUACGGGCCAUGUAUACGCUAUGAAAAUUUUAAGGAAAUCAGAAAUGCUAGAAAAAGAGCAAACAGCCCAUGUUCGAGCUGAACGUGAUAUUCUGUCAGAAGCUGAUUGUGAAUGGGUUGUAAAAAUGUUUUUCUCCUUUCAAGAUCCUACAAAUUUAUAUUUAGUCAUGGAAUUUUUGCCAGGAGGUGAUAUGAUGACUCUAUUAAUCAAGAAAGACACAUUAUCUGAGGAAAUCACAAGGUUUUAUAUCGCUGAGGCAGCACUUGCUAUUCAAGCCAUUCAUGAUAUGAAUUUCAUUCAUCGAGAUAUUAAACCCGAUAAUUUGUUAUUAGACGCAAAAGGUCAUAUUAAAUUGUCCGAUUUUGGACUGUGUACUGGAUUGAAAAAAGCGCAUCGCACCGAGUAUUAUCGCAAUUGGCCGACUCAGUUGCCCAAAGAUUUUAUUGCUAAGCCUUUUGAAUCAAAAAGAAAAGCUGAGACGUGGAAGAAAAAUCGCCGUGCGAUAGCAUACUCAACUGUUGGUACUCCUGACUAUAUCGCACCUGAAAUUUUCCAGCCAAAUGGAUAUACGAAGUCUUGUGAUUGGUGGUCUCUAGGAGUCAUCAUGUAUGAGAUGCUUAUAGGCUAUCCUCCUUUCUGUUCUGAAACGCCACAAGAAACUUAUCGCAAAGUCGUGAACUGGCAACAUAGCUUAACAUUUCCACCAGAGAUGCCUAUAUCCACUGAAGCAAAAGCUGCUAUCAAAAAGUUUUGCUCAGAUGCGGAGCGACGUUUAGGAAGUAACAGUGGUAUUGAAGAAGUAAAAACUUGCCCAUUUUUCAAAGGAAUUGAUUGGAUCAAUAUAAGGCGGAAUCCAGCUCCUAUCAGGAUUGAAAUCAAAAGUAUCGAUGAUACAUCGAAUUUCGAUGAUUUUCCUGAUGCUGAUUUGACUUUGUUAUCUGAACUCAUUUUGGUUUUAGCUGAAUAUGAACUCGAUGUUGUUGGCGCACAGCGUGUCAGUGAUAGAGGAGAAUUCUCCAAUUACACUUAUAGACGUUUUAAUGGUUUAACACAAAGUCGUUAUUACGAAGGGUCAGCGGCUGUAAGCUUCCAUUUAUUUUUUCUGUGA